AUGUACGGUACAAAACUGACACCUAAAGAGGUAGCUCGAGGUCUAGUGGACAUAGCUCGUGAAGAAACUGAUGCUCCGAUAGCGGCAUGUGCUACAACAGUAAACUUAAUCAUUUUGCGACUGAUGAAAUCAAUAACAAAAAUUGAAGAACUUAGAAGCAUAAAUCGGGCUUUUCAAGCCGAAACUUUGCUCGAUUGGCCGGACUCCUAUGAUAGCCGACGUUUGGAUGCCAUAAUCGCUAAUUUGGAAAUAAAUAUUGAGGAUAAGGAAAAACAAAGUUGGACAUUACAAGAUGAUGAGGAGGAUUUAAUUGAAAUGUUAGCCCAUUUUAAAUCACUGUUGGUGAAAGCAGACCACAGAGUUUUAUUGAAAAAACUGGACGACUGCGAAUUUGUGGCGAAGCUUGUUGUUCUUUAUAAAGUCGAACAAAGGAGCUCGGUCCAAAAUGCUGUGGCGAAGAGUUUAGCGGCAGCCUGUCAAUUAAGCGAAAAAAUUACCGGUUUUUUGAUGAGCGGAGAUUUACCAGGAUUGUUAGCAACAAGCAACAGCUUUAAGUUUCCGCUAAGCAAACUUGAAAACUCGUGCUUAAGAUUACUUCAGAUACUAUUCUCAACUGCUAAGGUUCCGCCGGCAUCCAACCUUCAAUAUAUUACGUCUGAUUUUUUGAAAAAGAUGCUCGAUUUGGUAGGGAUACAGGACCUAAAUGCCUUAAAGUUUCUUAUUAACUAUAAUUAUCAAUUCGAUGAAGUCAAUAAUCCAGUUCUGGACAUUCUCCGUGCUAAUGAAUCACUCGCCUUUGGUCAUCUUCUCAUAAGUUUUUACAACAGAAACCACAACGAUGAAGAAAUGUGUACGUUAAAGUUGCUGUACGACAUAUAUAUUACGCCAAAAGAUGACUUGGUUUCAAAGACUUUUUAUGCUAAUGAUUUAUCAGUCUUGUUGGAUGUGUUUUCACAAGUUAUUUUGGAUACAACUGUACCAAGAAAAAUUACAAUGAUUCUCGAAAUCUUUGAAAAAAUGCUUAAACGGGAUAGUCCUCCGAAAGAACCCAUUUACUAUGCUUUAAAGUCGUUUAUUAAUUCUGGUUCGCUUGAAGAAUCUAUAUUAAUGAAAGCGAGAGUGCUGUUGCCACCAGAAGCACACAAUACUUAA